CUCUUCUCCUUCUCCUUUUUAUUCUGUAAAGUUGACCUUUUUGGCUAUAAAACUACUGUUUGUAUCUUUUUAUCAUUCUAUCCGAUUUCAUUUUCAUGUGGUGGGUGAGAUUUUGUUUCUACUUGUACUCUGAUGAACCUUAGAGCUCAUAGAAAGGAACGUUCCUCUGCCAUUUCUUUAAUUUCUUGUAUGUUAUGGAUCGCCACUAAAAGCUAAAAAUAGAUAUACCCUUUUGCCUGAUUACAUCAUAUAAUGCCUUGGUACAAUUUUGGAUCUUUCUCCUGCUUCACUCCCAUCUUUCAGGCUGCUUCAACUAAGAGGCUGGAGGUUACUGCAAAUACUGACCAGUCAUUUUCAUCUCUUGACCUUGCACUAAUACAAAAGAACGAAGAGUACAAGAUGAAGGAGGUUCAACUUGGUUCACAUACUGCAAGGUCCCAUGGAAUUGCCGUUGCAAGGACACACAUGCAUGAUUGGAUAAUUUUCAUUCUUCUUAUUGGGAUUGUAAUCAUCCUAAACGUUAUUCAUCCUUUUUAUCGGUAUGUUGGCAAGGAUAUGAUGACAGAUCUUAGGUAUCCAUUGAAAAGUAAUACAGUGCCUGUUUGGUCCAUUCCAUUAUAUACCAUUGUUUUGCCUAUGGUGAUUUUCCUCGUUAUAUAUUUUCGUAGGAGAGACGUAUAUGAUCUCCAUCACGCCAUACUAGGCCUCUUCUAUUCCAUUCUAGUGACAGCUGUCAUUACUGAAUCGAUAAAAAAUGCAGUUGGUCGGCCUAGACCUGAUUUCUUUUGGCGCUGUUUUCCCGAUGGAAAAGAUGUUUAUGAUCAAUUGGGAAAUGUUAUAUGUAAUGGUGAUAAAAAUGUCAUAAAGGAAGGGCACAAGAGUUUUCCAAGCGGGCAUACUUCCUGGUCCUUUGCUGGUUUGGGUUUUCUGUCACUCUACUUAUCAGGAAAAAUACAAGUAUUUGAUCGCAGAGGCCAUGUUGCAAAACUGUGCAUCGUCUUUCUUCCUUUAUUAGCUGCUUCUCUUGUUGGAAUUUCUCGAGUUGAUGACUAUUGGCAUCAUUGGCAGGAUGUCUUUGCUGGCGGUCUCAUAGGGCUUGUAGUUGCUACUUUUUGCUAUUUGCAGUUCUUCCCCCCACCAUAUCAUCCUCAAGGUUGGGGUCCUUAUGCUUAUUUUCGAGUACUGGAGGAGUUACAUGGAAGCGCACAAGCAUCCGGUGCUAUUAACCUGAUAAAUUCAGAGACAGCGGAGGCUCGAGUUGAGAAUGAAGAUGAAAGUAAUGGAUUUUUGGGGCUACAUUUGGCCGAUGCCUCUAAUUUGCCAACAGAAACGGUAGACAUAGAACACGGACCCAGGUAACUUUCAGCAGUCAUGUAAAACUUAAAGAUGUUUAUAAUAUUGCUUUAGACUCCUGUCAUUGACCUGAACAAGAGUGAGAAGAAGGUAAAUAUGUAUAUGAUAGCCUGCCAUUGUUUUCAGUUUGAUCUAAUCUUAUCCAAAAGUUGUUAUCGUUA